AGGAGGAGGAGGGGGGAAGAUGGCGGCGCCCGUCCUGCUGAGAGUGUCGGUGCCGCGGUGGGAACGGGUGGCCCGGUAUGCAGUGUGCGCCGCCGGGAUCCUGCUCUCCAUCUACGCCUACCACGUGGAGCGGGAGAAGGAGAGGGACCCGGAGCACCGGGCCCUCUGCGACCUGGGGCCCUGGGUGAAGUGCUCCGCCGCCCUGGCCUCCAGAUGGGGUCGAGGAUUUGGUCUUUUGGGUUCCAUUUUUGGAAAAGAUGGUGUAUUAAACCAGCCAAACAGUGUCUUUGGACUUGUAUUUUAUAUACUACAGUUAUUACUUGGCAUGACAGCCAGCGCAGUUGCAGCUCUGGUCCUCAUGACCUCCUCCAUCGUGUCUGUGGUGGGGUCUUUGUACCUGGCCUACAUUCUGUACUUUGUGCUGAAGGAGUUUUGCAUCAUCAGCGUCACCACAUAUGUGCUGAACUUCAUUCUCCUCAUCAUCAAUUACAAACGACUAGUUUACUUGAAUGAGGCCUGGAAGCGACAGCUGCAGCCUAAGGAAGACUGACGGCUGGCGGGUUUUCAUCCAGCUGGCUCACACACUUCUUUCAUUAAGUUUAUUUUGCAAGUUUUUUUUUUUUAAUUCACAACAGACACUUUCCCUGAGAAUCUUAAACUGAUUUUUUAAAAUAUUGUAAAUUAGAAGGGGCCCUAGCUAUUUUCUGUGUCAAUCUUCAUUUUAAAUCCGGAUACAAAAAAGGAUACGCCGAGCCAAUCAAAGACAAGCUUUAACUUUACCUUGAAGAUGUUUCUGAGAUAAUAAAAUGUAGCCCUAGCCCCCAGUCCUCAACUGUAAAGUGAGCAGCCAUUGCUAGUGAUUCUUUAAUGUGUAUAAAUUCAAUUUCAGGUAUAACAAAUGUGAUCAUGAACAUGAAAAUAUUUUAGAAUAGAUACUGUAUUAAAUAUUGCCAUGUUUACACUAUGUAAAAUGUUUUUAGCUGAUGGAUUUAAACCUAUAGAUUCAAUUAGAGUCCAUUUGUGUGAUAUUUGUAAAUAAAGGUAGAAACAUUGGAUCCCCUGCAGAACUUACUGUACAGUUUAGUUGAAGUGUAGCAGUGAGGAAUUGUCA